UCUGAGCGGGAGGCCUGAGCUUGGAGCGUUAGCUGCUCUUCGCGUUCUGGGCGGCUGAGUUGCGGCGUAAUGGAGGAGCUGGAUGGAGAGCCGACAGUCACUUGGAUUCCAGGAGUGAAUUCCAAGAAGAAGCAAAUGUGUUUUGACUGGGGCCCAGGAGAGAUGCUGGUGUGUGAAACCUCUUUCAACAAAAAAGAAAAAUCAGAGGCAGAUCCAAGCUGCCCCUUUAUCUAUAUCCUCCGGAAGGAUGUGGAUGUUUAUUCUCAGAUCUUGAGAAAACUCUUCAAUGAAUCUCAUGGAAUCUUUGUGGGCCUUCAGAGAAUUGAAGAAGAAUUGACCAGCAAAUCCCGAAAAGCUCAAUUGGUUCGAGUGAGUAAAAACUACCGAUCGGUCAUAAGAGCGUGUAUGGAAGAGAUGCAUCAGGCAGCAAUUGCCGCUAAAGAGCCAGCCAGUGGACACCAGUUCAGCAGCCAGGUCUCCAUCUUGUCAGCGAUGGAGCUCAUUUGGAAUCUCUGUGAGAUACUUUUUAUUGAAGUUGCCCCAGCUGGCCCUCUCCUUCUUCACCUCCUUGACUGGGUCCGUUUGCAUGUGUGUGAGGUGGACAGUUUGUCAGCAGAUGUUCUGGGCAGUGAGAAUCCAAGCAAACACAAGAGCUUCUGGAACUUGGUGACCAUCUUGGUACUGCAGGGCCGGCUGGAUGAGGCCCGCCAGAUGCUCUCCAAGGAGGCCGAUGCCAACCCCGCCUCAGCGGGCAUGUGUAGAGUGCUGGGGGACCUGAUGAGGACAAUGCCCAUUCUCAGCCCAGGAAACACGCAGACGCGGACGGAGCUGGAGCUGAAGUGGCAGCACUGGCAUGAGGAGUGUGGGCGGCACCUGCAGGAAGGCACCUUUGCCUCCAGCCCCCGGCUGGACACGCUCUGCAAGAUCCUGCUGGGAGAUGAAGAGGUCUUGUUGGAGCAGAAGGAACUGCUGAGUAACUGGUACCAUUUCCUGGUGACUCGACUGCUAUACUCGCAUCCCACGGUGAAGCCCACUGAGCUGCACUUCUAUGCACAGUCCAGCCUGGACCUGUUUCUGGGAGGGGAGAGCAGCCCAGAGCCCCUGGACAACAUCCUGAUGGCAGCCUUUGAGUUUGACAUUCACCAAGUGAUCAAGGAGUGCAGCAUUGCCUUGAGUAACUGGUGGUUUGUGGCCCAUCUGACUGACCUGCUGGACCACUGCCAACUGCUUCAGUCUCACAGCCUCUAUUUUGGAUCCAACAUGAGGGAGUUCCUGCUGCUGGAAUAUGCCUCGGGACUGUUUGCUCAUCACAGCCUGUGGCAGUUGGGGGUGGAUUACUUCGACCACUGUCCUGAGCUAGGCAGAGUCUCCUUGGAGCUACAUAUUGAGCGGAUCCCUCUCCACACGGAGCAGAAGGCACUCAAGGUGCUGCGUAUCUGUGAGCAGCGGCAGAUGACGGAGCAAGUGCGCGGCAUCUGUAAGAUCUUGGCCAUGAAAGCAGUUCGCAACAAUCGCCUGGGCUCUGCCCUCUCCUGGAGCAUCCGAGCCAAAGACGCUGCCUUUGCCACACUGGUAUCAGAUAGGUUCCUCAUGGAUUACUGUGAGCGAGGUUGCUUCUCCGAUUUGGAUCUCAUCGACAACCUGGGGCCAGCUAUGAUGCUCAGCGAUCGGCUGACGUUCCUGGGAAAGUACCGUGAGUUUCACCGAUUGUAUGGGGAACAGCGUUUUGUUGCUGGCGCGUCCCUCCUCCUGUCACUCAUGACUUCACAGAUUGCCCCCCGGUCCUUCUGGAUGAUUCUGCUCACAGAUGCCCUGCCCCUUCUGGAACAGAAACAGGUGAUCUUCUCGGCAGAGCAAACGUAUGCACUGAUGAGGUGUCUGGAGGACCUGACCGCUGGAAGGCCAGCAUGUGGUGAGCCCAAUGGCCAGGAACCACAGGAUGAUGACAUAGAGGCCACGAAGGUGGAGAUGCUGAGACUGGCUCUUGCCCGGAAUCUUGCCAGGGCAAUCAUCAAAGAAGGCUCCUUAGAAGGUUCCUGA